UCAUUGAAGUUAAGUUUGUGAAUACAGAUGAAGUGUUUAAAUAAUUACUUCAGUUAAAUCUUAUACUUCUUUCGCCGAAAAGACUUAAAUAUGCUGAUGAAAAAGUAUAACACUAUCAUGCUUAAAUUUCAAACUAGUUAAAAAGUUUUGAACGUCGCUGAGAUGGAUCGGUUUAACAAAUCCUGUAUUUUAGUGUGUGCAGCUUUUACAUUAGGUGGAUUGGCAUUAUUAACUACUAUAGUUUCAAUAUCUACAAACUACUGGUUGUAUGUAACGGAGGAACUUUCACUUAAGUAUUUUAUAACAUACGACACCAUUGAAUAUGAAGAAAUGGAUGAAUCAAUGGAAAACAGUACUUUUCCUGACAAAUUCGAAGUUUCUCUUGUGAUAGGAUUAUGGCGAUUUUGUUCAGUUGCCAUGGAAUUCACCUUUUGUGAGAAUUUGGAUUACAAGAUACCGAAAAUAGAACGCCAGGAGGUUGCCAUUUCAAUUGCUGAAUCACAGAGAGAAGCGUCUCCAAUGUUUCUCACAGCUCUCGUUUUACUCAUUGUUUCUGGGAUAUUUAACGUGAUGGGAAAUAUCAAAUGGUUUAGGGUAACAAUGGUGGCAAGCAUUAGUUACAUAUUAACAGCACUUUUUAUUGUGGUUGGCAUGGUAAUUUACAUUGCUAACAUACAGAGAGAAAUGCAGAAAGUAGCAGAUUUAAAGAGAAAAGACGUGUCAGUAGAUUGUAGUUAUGGUUGGUCAUUCUAUGUCAUGUGGUUGAGUUUCAUCAUGUCUUUUGCUGAUGCAAUCAUAUGUAUAGUUAUAUUCCUUAAUGAAUGGAAAAAGAUUCAUAGCACAGCCGAGAUCAAGAUGCAGCUGACCAAUAUAUCUGAUGAGAACGAAAUGACUGUGUGAUAACUCAUUAUUUACAUUUUUAUGAAUUCGCUAAAAUAAUUCAACAUAAAGACAUUUUCUAUUAUUUUCCAACAUUAUGUGGAAAUUUAAGCACACUAACUUUCUUUUGUGAUUAAAGAAAUACAUAUUCUUUA